GCGAAAGGACGGUCUGGGCAGGAAAGACGACCUCAAGGUACUGGCAGAAAAGCAACUGCUGUGGUUUUUCUCUUGGAUGCAUCUCCAUUAUAAGAAAGAAAUGGCCCACAGGAGCCAGGAGCAGAGCCUUCGGGAGGAAUUGACCUGUGCCAUCUGCUGUGAUCUGUUCCGAAACCCAGUUAUGCUGGAAUGCAUGCACCACUUCUGCAAGGAAUGCAUCCAGAGCUAUUGGGACAGUUGCUCAGAAGUUGCCACCUGCCCCCAAUGCCGGCGAGAGUUCCCCACCCGGUCCUUCCGCCCCCAGUACCUUGUUUCUGGAGUAGUGGAGACAGUUCGGAGGUGCACCUCUGAUGAACACAGAAGAAAAAUGCAGAAACACCUCCAAGAGGCGCUUCACUCAUACCAAAUAGAGCAUGAGAAACUGGUGGGAAUGAAGCAUGUGACUGAAGAGAAGAUCUGCAGCCUAGUGAAAACUUCGGGUGAGUUGAACUCAAAGAUCCGGGCAGCGUUUGAGCAUCUUCAUCAGGCCCUGGAAGAGGAGGAAAGGAGUGUGCUGAUGGAACUGGCCAGAGAGGAUGAAGAGUGGUUGAUGAGGCUGAGAGGAGACUCUGCACGGCUAGUGGAGGGGAUCUCUGAGUUGAAGAAGGCCAUGGAGCACACACAGCAGAAGCUUGACAGACUGGGGAGCUCACUGCUGCUGGAGGUGGAAAAUGUGGCUGUGAGGCCAGCAGUGCAAGUGGGAGCACUGACCACCUUUAGCACAGAGCAGCAUAAGGACCUGCAUGAGGGGCCCCUGCAGUAUAUAUUUUGGAGGAGGAUGCUGAAAUCCAUCACUCCAGCUCCUGCCCGUCUGACCUUGGACCCAGAAUCAGCCCACCCAAACCUCCUCCUCUCCAAAGACCUGACUGCGGUGACGGAGACAGAGACGCCCCGACCUGUGUCCCAGAGCCCCUGCCGUUUCCUGCAGAGUGUCAACGUGCUGGCAAAAGAGUCCUUUGAGAGUGGGAGGCAUUACUGGGAGGUAUGGGUUGGGAACAAGACCAAGUGGGACCUGGGAGUGGCAGCGGAUUCUGUGGACCGGGCAGCAAAAGUCAAACUGUGCCCUGAGAAUGGCUACUGGGCUGUACGACUGCGGGAGAACUCUCAAUAUUGGGCUGCGGCUAAUCCCUGGGUGCGCCUGAAGCUGCGGAGCUCACUGAAAAAAGUGGGUGUCCUCUUGGACUGCAGGGCAUGCAAGGUGGCUUUCUAUAACGCUGAGGACAUGUCCCUUUUCUUCACCUUUCACCAGGCUAGGGCAGGCAGGUUCUACCCUUUCUUCAGCACUUGCUUCAGUGAUGGCAAGAAGAACGCUGAGCCCAUGAGGAUCUGCCAUCUGAAUCUGUAGCAGGGGCAUCAAGUCUCCGUGUCAGAAGACUGCAUCUGAAUGCAUUCUGCGAGACCCGGGUGGAUGCCAUUGGUUUUGCCUUCGGUUUUUCAGUCUUUCUCCGUACCCAAAAACAGAUUCAUAUUUUGCUUGGGUAUCUCAGUUAGUUUGUUUUCCCCACUCUGCUCGUUAUUAUUUCAUAGUUGUAGCAUAGUUUCCAUCUUGUGGAUCCUAGCUAUGAUUAAUACAUUAAGGGCCUUUUUCUUUUUGUGUGUGCAGGAAUUCCUGAUCUAUUGGGGGGGAAGUGGGAAGGCAUUGGUGUGGUUUUUUAAUUUCACAGGAAUGAUACUUCUCAAAUAAGCUUUAACUAAGCAAACAACAACAUAAUCUAAUAUAGUAGAAGAGGAAAACAUGAAAUCAGAACAUUAAAAUACAUUAUCCAGAUCCUGAUACAUUUUUCUUGGGGCAACUAUAUUUCCUCCCCCAGUUAAUGCCUUCUUCAGUUUGGUAUCAGUAUGGACCCUUCUAUUUUAUGGAGUUUAUUGUCUGGUCAUUUCCUCCAUCUUUAUAAGAAAGCAAUGGAGCCCCAACCAGGGGGGGGGGGUCAAUAGCACACAAGCCCUGGACAGAUGAACAGAAGAAAAUGCAGGGCACGAAAGAAAGCUGAAGCUACAUGUAAAAGGCAGGCAGGCAGAAGAAGUGUUCCUUAAACUAUCAAUGGGACUUGUCUGCAAAUGAUACAUACCAGGGCAUAUAACUCAAUAUUAACAUUUGUGCUGCUUUUUGGAGGAAAUUUCAAUUGGCAAAAAGGUUCUGGAAGAAGCCUGCUCAGGAAAAACAGGUCUAGUGAUGCUUGAGGGUUUCGUUGUUUUUUUAAUAGCAAGCUCACCUGAUUCACACUUCAAUGUGUGGAUCAGAACACCAUAAUUUCUCCAGAAUUUGUGUGAACAUCUUCAGCUCAGAAACAUAUACUAAAAUGUGUAGUUUAAGAUAAAAUGUGUACAAAAGUGCAUAUUUUAUUAGGGAAAUGCACUCAAAAAUAAGAUUUUUUUAAAAAAAAUCCACACAUUGAUAUAGAAAUGAGAUGGCGUGGACUUUCAUGAAUGGCCAAAUGCAAAACUGACAUGGACCAGGGAACCAUCACCACCCCCACAUAUACACACACACACACACCCCUGAACAGUUUGUCCCUAGAACAGGAAACACGGUGCUGAAUAAACAGCACAAGCUACUUUUAGCAAUAACAAUGACAGAUAGCAAAAUACAGAAUUGGGGAAAACACCUUCUGUGUGGAUAGACAUCAGGGGGUGGUGUGUGUGUGGAGAAUAUUUGGAUAUGGCCUUCCAUGUAGGCAGUGUUUACAUGCUGAGUUGCUAACAGGAAGAAGUAGGAAGUAAGGCCUUUAAACCCCCUGGGAAAUGUUCAAUGCCUUACAGGAGACUGUUCCUGCUACAAGAGCUAUUUUGCACUGAUAAACUACUGGAGGAUGCAGUUGCAAAGAUGUCUAAUAGCUGCAACAUCAGAGCGCAGUAAGUGUGCAUUUGGCAGAGAUGUGUAAGAGGCCUUUGCCAGUGUCAGUCUGUACAUCCAGCAAUUCGUUUUCAUUCAAAUAAAGUGUGUAUUGCCUUUUACCAUUUCUGCUAAACAAUGCUUGCCUCUGCUGCAGAUUCUUCUCCAAGAGUUUUUGGUUUCAUAAGCCAUCAUUCUCUUUCCAUUGUUUUUGCAGCUUGAUAAAUCAGUCUUUUGUCUAGUGUUGACAUUAAAGAAUUCCUUCAUACAA